AAUGUUCACAGGGUUCCCAUUGUUGCCAAAUGUGACCGCAAAAGAGUUCUGUCCUCUUGGGCUCCCUAUUGUGGUGGAAUGAUCCCCAGAGAAUUCCAAAUAGAAUUUUCAAAAGUUCGAUACCUCACUCCUCGUGAUUUUGUUGAGAAGCUGUCGAAAGACCUUGGGGUACUUGGUGUGGUGGCAGGUGAAAACUACCGGUUUGGUUAUAAGGCUUCCGGGGAUGCAUCAGACCUGUUGAAGCUUUGUAAUGAAUACGGCAUCCAGGCUUAUAUAAUUAAUUCCGUCAUGGACAAGAAUCAAGAUCCUAGCAGCUUAUAUUCUUACGAUGCAAAGGAGAGGGGACAAGUCUCGUCCACUCGUGUCCGAUAUGCGCUUGCCAAAGGAGAUAUGAAGUACGUGUCCGAGCUUUUAGGUCGCCACCACCGGCUUUUCUUGAUGGCGGGAGACCAAGAAAAGUUUACGAGUGAUAGAUGUAGGGUGUCAGCUCCAAAGUCGUGUCUGUUGAAUCUCCCGCCGAGGGAAGGUGUUUAUGAGAAUUGUUCGAUUAUGAUAGAUGAGAAAGUUAUAGCAUGCAGAGUUGUGAUAGACAAUACGCAUAUUCACUUGGAUUGGGAUAAGCCGACCACUUGUAUUACUUGUCAACAGUUAAACUUAGUUGGUAUUGACAUUGUGGGAUAGUGUAAAGUUUGUAAUUGAUUUCUAAAAGUGCAACAAGCCUCAGGCAAUGGCUACCUACAUUUUCAUACGAUAAA